UCUCUCGACGCCCUCCACCAAUAUCGGCUUCGAUCUUUACACCACUCUCAGAGCCUGGUGGAUCAAUUACAAUGGAAUCCUACAGAAGUGCAAGGUCCCGAUAUAGAGGAGCGACACACUCUUGCCCAGCUAGCACGCAUGGCUGGCAACGCGUAUGCCCUUCCAGGUCAAAAGAAUUGGUACGAGAUUGACGAAGCAUGGAAUAUGAGCUUCCCCUUUGGCUGGGAAGAGUCAGAGGGAUUCAGAGGUCACGUCUUCCUCUCUUCCGACAACUCGACCAUCGUUCUUUCUAUAAAGGGAACCACCCUUCAAGGCCCAACGUCCAAGCUUGACAAAUAUAAUGACAAUCUGCUCUUCUCAUGCUGCUGCGCCCGAGUCGACCUUUCAUGGAUAUUUCGCACCGUGUGCGAUUGCUACGCUAAGAACUGGCGCUGCGACAGCAGAUGCCUCACCGAUGCGCUCAUCCAAGACAGUCUUUUCUAUUCUAUUGGAGUCAAACUGGUAGACGACCUUCUUCGCAUCUACCCGGGCUCCAACGUGUGGCUAGUCGGACAUUCCUUGGGAGGCGCCCUUGCCAGUCUGCUCGGCGCAACUUACGGCCUCCCAGCGGUCGCAUUCGAAUCUCCCGGCGAGCAUCUUGCUGCGAGCCGUCUCCACCUCCCGUUGCCCCCGCCUCCCCACAACGAAUCUAACCCAGCCUAUUCGGCCCUCGAUCAUCGGCCAAUCGCCACCACUCAUGUAUACCACACCGCCGAUCCCAUACCACAAGGUUCAUGUACAGGCUUCAAUUCACCCUGUGCCCAAGCGGGCUAUGCAUUGGAGACGCACUGUCAUCUCGGAAAGACUAUUGUAUUUGACACGGUUGGCAAGUUGGGGUGGGCAGUGGACGUCAGGAAGCAUGUCAUCCGUAAUGUAGUUCUGGAGGUGUUGGAAAGAGAUGAGGUCGAAGACGUCCCCCGGGCAAAGGUAGAGGAGAAUUGUGUGGACUGUUACAAAUGGAAAUUUGGAGAU